AUGUCCAUGUUGAAGAAGUUGAAGACGAGGAAAGAGUUUGGAUGCGAUUUAUCCAGACAGACAUUAUUUGAGAGCAUCAGAGUGGAACAAGAAGCAUUAGGCCUAGAUACGUGGGCACCCUUUGCAGAUGAAGAGGAGUGGGGGCUGGUGAAGUGGCUGAUUGCGAGAGUAGGUCAGAUGGCAAUUGACGAGUUCUUUAAACUACCCAUUCAACAACUGAGAGACACUUACAAGGACAUGGAACAGACUGGCCACAUGAAUACUUCCUUCACAAGUAAAUAUACCUUGAUGAAAGCUGUUGAUCAGCUUCCCCGAGGCACCGAGUGGAUGUUAAAGAAAAUAACUGUCAAAGGCAACAUAGUCAGCAAUAGUGGCCAACGGGAAAGUGAAGAGCUCGAACUGUGGUUACGGGACCCUGUAGACUGUAUCCGUGAGCUCAUGGGCAACUCAGAAUUCAAAAACAUGGUGUCAUACACACCAGAGAGGGUUUUUGCAGAUGAGGAGGGAAAGACCUGCAUGUUUGAUGAGAUGUGGACUGGUGAGUGGUGGUGGGAGAUGCAGGUAAUGAAAAAAAAUGCACUAAAGACAUUCCUACAGGGAAGAUUGCCUCCAGGGGCUGUUGUUGCGCCAGUGAUCCUGGCAUCUGAUAAGACUUCAUUGUCGCAGUUCCGGGGAGACCAGGAGGUGUGGCCCAUGUACUUGACCCUCGGAAACAUCUCAAAAGAGAUCUGCUGUCAGCCAUCCAAACGUGCAGCCAUCCUAAUCGCGUACUUACCAAUCUCAAAGUUAGAAUGCUUCAAGCGAGAUACAUGUUCUGUUGAACCUUAUCAUCUCUUCCACUACUGCAUGACACAGGUCCUGGAGCCAUUGGUCAGUGCAGGAACGGACAGAGUGGAUGUCACAUGCCCUGAUCAUCAAGUCAGGUGGUUGCAUCCCAUUGUGGCAGUAGCAGUGCCUUGUGCCCCGGAUAAUCCCCUUUCCAAACUCGACAAUUCAGCGGUUAAUUGA